UAUAAAAGUGGGUGUCAUCUGAAGCCUGUCUAGUUAGUUUUUGUAAUUCUGGGACAUAGGUUCAGAUAGACUGCAAGUGCUAAUUAUAUAACAGUGAAUUGAAAAUGAAAUCGGUAUUGAUUGUAUGCUUUGUGCUAUUGGUUGCUGCAUUUGCCUCUCCACUGGAUGAUUCGAAAAGUGCACAGAUCUUGAAGUACGACAGUGAGAAUAUCGGGAUUGAUGGAUAUCGUUUCGAAUUUGAAACCAGCGAUGGCACAUCUCGGCAGGAGCAGGCUGAACUUCGCAAUGCGGGAACCGACACUGCAUCGAUAGUGGUUCGAGGAUCGUACUCAUAUGUAGGACUAGAUGGAACCCAGUACGUGAUCAACUACGUGGCGGACGAGAAUGGUUUUCAACCGGAGGGCGCCCAUAUACCUAAGUAAGCUAAGUACCCAGAUGCUACGUUUUUAGUCAAUGCAUUAUAUGCUAAGUUGAAAAUAGUGACUGAUGUUGAAUUUAGUUUUAG